UGCUAGAGUCUAAUUAGAGAAAACUUUCUGAUGACUAGAAGAAGCUGAAAGUAUUAUCUAGAACAGUUUUUAAAAACUAAGCUGGAUUUUGAAAAACACAAUUAUCAACAGUAUGAACAACAGCUGAAGGAGGAAAUAAGAAAGGAGAUGACGCAGGAAAUCACAAAGAAGGUUCGGGUAGAGUUGUAUGAUGAAGUUGCUGAAAUGGUUGCACGCCAGUUCCAGCAGCGUUAUGAGGAUUAUGGCAAUCGUCCUCCGCCAUCUCCUGUAGCGGAACAUGUUGUGCCCCCUACAGGUAGAAGCGGUAAAGGAAGUUGCUCAGCUGCUGGUGCCCUAGGGGACGACAUGGAUGACACUCGUCCAUGUCAGUUAUAUAUUCUCUCUGAUACCAGGACCACGCUAGUGGCUCGUGGCACAGUCUAUGAGACAGCUACUGUAGUGAAUGGUGUACAGUUAGCAGAAGAUGAGUUCAAGGUCACGGUGGAUGAAGUUGUCGUACCAGAUGCCGUUCUUCCUGUGCCUACACAUGAGUUCUUCACUGUGGAAGAGGCAUUUAAGUCCUUUGUCGCUUGGCCUAGACAUUUGGUUGGUGAUGUAUCUGAUCCCCGAUAAGUCAAGAGGGAAGUCCUACACCGAAGAAGACUCAUUUAUCUAAGGACGACCCUCUUGGUGCGUUAGACGAGCUUGCUAAAAUCAUUUCAGAUGCGCCGAUGAUUGUACACUGAGAUUCUACUACAUUUGGAAGAGAAUCUCAUAUCCCAUUGUACUUGCAUCAAGAAGAUCUUAGGGAGCUUGCGUCGGGGAGAGAAGAAAUUAAUAUUACACUCAUUCAGCUGUGGAUGAUGUAUAUGUUUGAUGUUAGUAACAAGAAGGGAUUCAACGAUGUAUAUGGGUUCAUUGACCCCUCUAUGACUCAUGAAAUAAAUAAAUUUGAUGAUAUCCAAACAUACAUCACCACCUGCUUUGAAAUGGGGAAGGAGAU